GAGAAAGAUGAGCUCAUCUGAACACAGUUCCUCUUUCAGGUGCAAACGUUUGAGUGCGGAAGAGUCCAGUGAAGUCCUGCUGAGAGAGAUACAGGAUUUGCUCGUGUGCUGGUUGUGUCAGGUAGACUGUAGGUCUGAAAAGAGCUCUGCAGAAGUACUGAGGUAGUGUAGUUUAUGAGUAGCUGACAGAUCGGUCAGUAGAGCGGGUGUAGGAGUGGUCAUAUCUGCAGUCGUGUGUCUCUGUAUGUAGUGAGGAGGUUCUGUAACUCAGGAAGAAUGCAGGUUUGUUUUUAUCUGCUGCUUGUACUCCAUGUUGCUGAAGGCUGCACACUGAAAGGCCAUGGGCAGUUAGAAGAGAUUACUGCAUACACAGGAGGGUCAGCACUGCUGCCCUGCUACUGCACUGACCCACAAGACACACCUGAGAGAGUCACCUGGAAGAAAUACAGCAAAAACAGAGACAGUUGGCAAGAGGUAUCCAGUGAGAAUAGUCAGCACAGAAACAGAGUUCAGCUGGUUAAUGGUCACUCUCCAGGAAAUCUCUCUCUACUCAUAUUAAACCUGACUGAAGAGGAUGGAGGAUAUUACAGAUGUACAGCUAAAGGCAGCCCACACACAGACAUCAGACUCACUGUUAAAGGCUGCACUCUGACCAACAAUACAAUAACAUCAUAUAUCACAGCUCAUACAGGAGGGUCAGUACUGCUGCCCUGCUCCUGCGCUGAGCUAUGUGCCAAACCUGAGACAUUCAGCUGGAAGAAACACAUCAAUCAAAAUUGGGACAGUAAACUCAUUGAACGUGAUGAGUACAGUAACAGAGUUCAGCUGUUUAAUGGUCACUCUCCAGGAAAUCUCUCUCUACUCAUAUCACACCUGACUGUAGAGGAUAGAGGAGUGUACAUGUGUGAUGCUAUGAAAAGUGGACUCACAUACAUCAGACUCACUGUUAAAGCUGCCACAAAUAAACCUAUAACUUCUAGUCCAGUGAACAAGGACCUUCCACCACCCGGUCCAACCAUAAAGUCUGACAGAACCAGUACUGUCACUUCAACCAAAUCUUCUUUGACAACACCACCAAAAUAUGCUACAUCCAAGCCUGAGUUCUUCAUUUAUGCUGCUGUGGGGGGCUUACUACUGUUGAUAAUCCUCACUGGGAUCAUCUAUUGGAGAUACAGAGCUCAGAGACAAAAGCAAAUGGAGAGCUGUGAGAGAAAAACGGAAUGGAGAAAAAAUCAGGAGACACAGAAUGAUUCUGAGGUGCUGUACGCUACUGUAAAUGAUGACAAAUGCAACAAAGUUAAAGAAACGAACAAUUGUGAGGUGCUGUACGCUGCUGUGGAUAAAGAAGACAAGCGCAAAAAAGUUGAAGAAAACGACGAUGUGACGUAUUCUUCUGUAGUCCACAACAAAAGAUCAAAACCAGCAACUGUACUGUUAGACACUGAAGCAACUACUGAAUACGCCAGCAUCAAACUGAAUUAACUCACACACACACACACACACACACACACACACACACACACACACACACACAUAGCCCCAACACACACACAUACCCAUAUUCACACAUACCUACCUAACCCCACACACAGAUUUGAUGAUUAUAAUGAACAUUUAUUGUGUUAAUAGUCAUUGUGGUCAGUCAAAUGACCUUCUUUCUCAUUGUAUUACAUCUGCAUACGUCUCCAUUUUGGAAUAUUUCUUUUUCUAAGUUUGUAAAUUUGCAGAAAACAUGUCACAUUUUGAUUUCACAUUUUUUAGACCUCCUUUUUUAUGUUUACAUAUUUCGCUUCUAAAAGGUACUGCAUUUUGUUUUUAUUACAUUGAGAAUUACUUUAAAUUUACUAGAAAACAAGGUAAAUGAUUUGAUUUACAGUCAUGUUCAAAAG